AUGUUGAGACUGUCGUCUACUUCUGGUGAUAACAGUACGUCUGAAAGAUUUGACGCAGCAACUCUUACUGGUAGCCGCGCCGCUGCCGGAGCAAAUGGGAUGGCGGCAGCGGUGUUCCAAAUGCCACUGCACUACCCAAGGUACACACGUGUGGAAUACGAGUCGAUGCCCGAGUGGAAGCUUGAUUGCUUGUUGGCUCAAUACGGCCUGCACGUGGGAGGAGACGUUGAACACAAGAGGAAAUUCGCUAUGGGAGCUUUCUUGUGGACUUGA